AUGGAUUAUGAAAUGAAAAUGAUGAAGGGAACACAACAAGUAAUUAUUCAGUCUUCUGGACAAAAUCAAACUAUCACUGGGUCAAUAUUAGAAACAGAUAAAUUAGAACGAAAAUUUCAUUUACUUAUAGCUACAGAUUUCACAUCAUUUCAAUCUGAGGAAAACAAUUUUUGUUUUGUUUUGAGAAGAGCUAAUAAAAUCGACAACAACAAAAUGAAGUUGAUUCUGUUAUUAGUUUUACUGAUCCUUUUGAAUAUCGAUUUAUCAAAACAAAUUCCAGCUCAAUUACGUGAUCAGUCUCAUGAGAAUAUGGAUUAUGAAAUGAAAAUGAUGAAGGGAACACAACAAGUAAUUAUUCAGUCUUCUGGACAAAAUCAAACUAUCACUGGGUCAAUAUUAGAAACAGAUAAAUUAGAACGAAAAUUUCAUUUACUUAUAGCUACAGUUAUUGGUAUUAUUGAUAACCAAAUAAAUGGACCGAAUUCCCCAUGAUGAUGCAAAAUCUGGCAGGCAGAUAAUAUUUUUCUUUUAUUGUCUGCAUAAGUCAUGAAUAGAUAAACUAAUUUGAACUUUGGGAAAAAACUGAUUUUCUUUUUUGAUUUGUAAAAAAUAAAAAAAUGAUUUUCAUUUAUGAUGAUUAUUAAUAAAAGUUUUAGUUACA